AUGUCUCGUAUUCCUGAGAAGAUUCUCUGCGCGUCAGCAGGUGCCUUUGUGGGUUGCAUAGGCUUCAGCUACACAAACCCAAAGUGGACACAACGACGUUUCAACCCAAAGAAUGUGCCACCUCUUCUCUACCAGCAAACGCCCUCCCGUGAGGACUGCUUGAAGCGGAUGGAAGCCUUCAACUCACCUGAAAAUCCGAUGGAUGUAAUUAUUGUUGGUGGUGGCUCCGUUGGUGCGGGUGUGGCAUUGGAUGCCACCACACGCGGCAUGACCGUUGGACUUUUUGAAAUGAACGACUACGCCAGCGGAACAAGCAGCCGGAGCACCAAGCUCAUUCACGGUGGUAUCCGUUACCUUGAAAAAGCUGUGUUCAAGCUUGACAUGCAACAGCUGAUGUUGGUGGCAGAGGCACUAAGGGAACGAAUCAUCAUGUCUCAUCAGGCGCCUCACCUCUGCCGCAGCAUUCCUACUAUGAUUCCUUGCUACAAUCCAAUUGACAUCGCCAAGUUUUGGUGUGGCGUGAAACUUUAUGACAUAAUUGCCAUGUGGGAACGCGGUACCCUGGAGUAUGCUGGGUACCUCACCCCGUACGCCGCCUUGAAGAAGUUCCCGUACCUUAAGAAUGGAACCAAUAAUGGGAAAAUACUCCUUGGUGCUGUAGAGUACUAUGAUGGUCAAAUGAAUGAUGCCCGUCUCUGCCUCUCGGCUGCUCUCACAGCAGCCAGCUAUGGCGCCGCAACGGUAAACUACGCCAAGGUGGAAAAAAUGGAGGUUGUGCAAAACAAAAUGGGUGAACAAGUGGUGAAGGCAACCGUCCAAGAUAGGAUAAAUUCCAACACGCUAACUGUGUAUGGUAAAUCUGUGGUUAACGCCGGUGGACCCUUCACUGCUCGAAUUCAGAAGUUGAUCACCGACAAGACAUCCGUCCGCAUGGCACCAAGUUCCGGUACCCAUAUCAUUAUUGACAGGAAGUACUGCCCCAGGGAUAGUGCAAUGGUGAUCCCUUCUAACGAUGGGCGUGUUGUAUUCUCGGCUGAGUGGCUCGGCGGUUGCUUAGUGGGAACCACUGAUAAGGGUUGUGAAGUCACUGAGGACAUCCGGCCAACGAAGAGCGACAUUAAAUUUCUUCUUAACAAUGUGGAACCUUACGUGGGUAAAGUGUCGGAGAAAGAUGUCCUUUCUGCGUGGUGUGGGAUUCGCCCGCUCGCGCUCCCGGAGAAUGCGGAAGGCAGUGACACACAAAACAUCGUCCGUGAGCACAUGGUGGUGGUCGACAAGGACAACCUGAUGGUGAGUGUUGUGGGCGGUAAAUGGACGACAUACCGAAAGAUUGCUCAAGACACGGUGGAUGCCCUUUACUCUUCACUCCUCAAAGGUCGCGUGGAAUGCAAACCGUGUAUUACGGAGGAGUUGCAGGUUAUCGGUGCGCACGAGCUAGAAACAGUCCCGGAGGAGCCAAAGAUUUCCAUCUCAAACAAGGUUCACAAAUUCUGGCGCCGCCAAUACGGUGACCGUUAUCAUGUUUUGGCGGAUAUGGUGAGGGAGGAUCCGUCUCUCCUUAAGCCACUGCACCCGGAGGAGCCUGUUUUGGCUGCUGAUGUUGUGUAUUCCGCGCAGCGUGAGCAUUGUGAGCGCGUCGUGGACUUCAUUUCCCGCCGUACGAGGUUGUCAUUCCUCAACGUGGAACACGCAAAGGCAAUUAUUCCAGAGGUUGCGCAAAUCAUGGCCACGACAAAGAACUGGAGCCGUGCGAGAAAGAGCGAGGAAGUGGCACACGCGCUUGCUGCGCUGGAAUCAUUUCACGGCCAAUAA